GUAGUGACUACAUUUCCCAUGAACACCCGCUAGAUUGAAACUACAGAAGACAACAUGGCGAAAAUAGCAGCCUUCCUGAAGAAUGCUUGGAAUAAGGAGCCUGUUAUCGUGACGUCCUUUGCUAUUGGGCUGAUGGCUCUCCCUCUUCCAUUGAUCAGCCCUAUCAGAAAAUACUCAGGAAUGAUCAAUGAGGCUGUACCGUACAGCUACCCAGUCCCUGUGCGAGAUGAUGGAAACAUGCCUGAUAUCCCUGCUCAUCCAAGUGAACCAAAAGGAAAAAACUUGGAUUGGCUUAAAAACUUUUAACUUCAUGUUUGCAUGAUCAACACUUUUGCCGUUCCUUUUGUUCACGUGUCUGAAAAGUUGCUCCACCCAUCAAUGUCCCACAAUAAAGAUUUAUUUAAUUCUA